GGCGGAUUCUCUGAAGUCAGUCGAAUAAGAAGGAAAUUUCUCAACAAUAUUACAUAUUUUUGCGUGAUAUAUUGAAUACUGAAAUAAUAAACACGCUCUAAAAGAAAGAGAACAUGGCUUCAGAAGAAAAGGAUAAAGACUGUGCCGAAAUCGAAGCUGGCCUUAAAAAGAUUUUGCUAAAGGAUGAAAAUGAGAAGGGUUCGCCUGGUGGUCAAGAAGAUAAGAACAGUGGUGAGAGUAAGGUGACAACAUCCAAUGGUGAAACAAGCAGCCCCACCCUUGAGGAGGAAAAUACCGAUACAAAGCAAGUCGACAAAGAACAACAAGUUGGCAAAGAAAAACAGGUCGAUAAAGAAAAACAAGUUGGCAAAGAAAAACAGGUAGAAACAGAGAAACUGGUAGAUACAGAGAAUCAGGCUGAUGAAGAGAAACAGGCUGAUGAAGAGAAACAGGCUGAUGAAGGGAAACAGGCUGAUGAAGGGAAACAGGCUGAUGAAGGGAAACAGGAAGAUGAGGGUAAAGAAGAAGAUAAAAGCAAAUCAGAUGAUAAAGAAAAGAAAACAAUCUCUACUGCAAGUAGUAAUAAGAAAGACUCUGCCGGGGCCAAGAAAGGCCAAGAGAAUUCAGGGGCUGGAAGUAGUGACAGCAAUGGCCAAGCUGACAGGAAGGGAAAUAAAAAAAAUGAAACAUACGCAGACCGAAAAAAGAAACAACAACAGAAAAUGAAAGUGAUAAAAAAGAAACCUGCUAAAUCCUCGAAUCAGAAUUCAGUUGAAGAUGACAGCACUGAGACUGUUGCCAAGAAGAUGAAGACGAAUGAUGAGAAGGAAGCAGCUGUGAAGGACAAGACAUUGCAGAAAGAGCAUCCAGGCAAAAAGAAGGAACCUGUGACUCCUGCCGGACAAGGUACGGAAAACCCAUCAGCACCUCUUGAUCCCGCCCACCCAAGUGUGGAGAAGCUGCGAGCUCUCAUCAGAGAGGAGGUCCAUCCAUUAAAAAAGCGCUCUACGAAAUUCCCGCGGGCUGCCUACUAUUGUCGUCUCUGUGAAUAUCACUGUGAUAGUGUCAUGGUUUGCGAGCGGCAUAUACGUGACAAGAGGCAUAGGAAACUCAGGGAGGUAUGUCAGCACGAACUCUCUGAAUCUACAAAAGAAACUGAUUUGCUUUUGAAGCGGCUGCCUUCACUCUCUCAGCCUCACAUCCGAGCACUGAACAAACUUUUGGAUAAGAUCGUUGAAAUGGUAGGACUGACCAAGGAAGCUACAGAGCACCGCCAGAUGCUUGUGAAAAAGUUGGAGAAGAUGGUUCAGGAAAAACUACCUGAUGUGAAGUUAGAACUGUACGGAUCAUCAGUGAAUGGAUUUGGGUUGAAGGGCAGUGAUGUCAACAUUGAUAUUGUCAUACCAGAGACCUCCAGUCCCUCUGCUACUCUCAUGGGGAUCUAUAAGUUACUCCGCGACAAUGGUUCCUACUCCAAGGUUAGGAGUGACUUCACUGCAAAGAUUCCAGCCAUCUAUUUCAAGGAUCCUGUCACUGACGUGGAAUGUCAGCUUAGUGUUGGAAACGCUCUUGCCCAGCAAACAACCAAGCUUUUGUCCACCUAUUGUAAGAUUGAUGAACGUGUCAGAAGAUUAGGAGUUUGCUUUAGAUACCUCUCUAAGAUCUGCCAAAUGGAUAAACAACAAGAUGGUACGCUGCCUGCAUAUUCCUACAUGUUGAUGGUCAUCUACUACCUCCAGCGCAGCAAGCCUAAUAUGCUACCUGUUCUACAAGAGCUCCUCCCGAAGGGUGUGGAAACACGUCCUGAGUUGGUGAUCGAAGGAAAAGAUUGCUGGUUCUAUGAUGAUUUGGACAACUUGAAGGAUGUAUGGAAAAGUGAUAACAAAGACAGUGUUGCUGAACUCUGGGUGAAGAUGUUAAGGUUCUACAGCGUUGACUUUGAUAUGAACAACCAUGUCGUCUGCCUCCGUACGAAGAAGAUUGUGACAAGAGAUGAAAAGAAGUGGUCCUAUAAGAAGCUUGCGAUUGAAGAUCCAUUCUCCACCAAACGAAGUGUGUCAAGAUCAGUCAGUCACACAAAGAACUUCGACUACAUCCAUGAAAGGUUGAAGGCUGCCUGCAAGUACUUUGGUGUUCCACAGACAAAGAAUGGCCCACUUUACUGGAGGUUAGCAGAAUCUGACACUAGUUCUUCGAAGUCCUCAAGCCAAGCUGAUACUAAGGAGAAAGACAAGGAAAGAAAGGAUAGUCAAUCCGAUAAGCAGUCCUACUCAGAUACUGUCUCAGAUAUUGUAAGUCAAGCCAUUGAAGGUAUCCAGGGAAAGGAGAAGACACCUGAUGUGACAGACAAGGACAAAGUGUCGGAGAAGGCCGAAAGUAUUGUGACAGGGUCAUUGUCAGGUGCGUUCAUGGAUAUUCUGCAUGGACAUGCUGAUGAGAAGUUGAAAUUGAGCAUCCAGACAGAUUCGGCUGGAAACGUGAUUGCGAAAGCAAAAGAGAAUGGUGCAGACACUGGUGAUGAUACAUCAUCAAGUCAAGAGGAUACACCGGCGUCGUGCAAGGAAGCUAAAAAGAAGGGAAACAUUGAUGAGUUUGCCCACAAGUAUGUUGAGCAUGUGAUGGGCAAGGCCCUGAAGGGUGCAGAAGAUGACGAUGCAUUCAAGAAAGAGGAUGGUGAUGUGACCACACCAAUCCCUGCUGCUCAUCUCCGCUCCAAGUUUGGACGCACUGACAGUGUGGAUCGCUAUGGUGACGAUGAUGACGAGGAUAUCACUGAGUUGAUGAAUGCGGCUGUUGAAGAGCAAGAGGGUGAUGGCGGUGAAGAACUCGUUGAUGAGAAGGACAUUGGAGAUGGAGAGGCAAGCUCCUACAAGCCAGGAUCAAGUGAAGGGGUCUAUAGUGAGAAGCUGGUUGAUAAUCUGAAACAGAAGGAUGUCUUGUUCCUCUUUGAGAGACAGAAACUCUGCGAUGGAAAGAAACCAGCUGUCAUGUGCAGUAUCUGCCAGAAGGAAGGUCAUCUAAAGCAGAAUUGUCCAGAAGAAAAUCUUCCCCCGAUCUCACCCCUGCCGACCCUGACACCAGAAUACAAGAAACUGCUGAAUGAUAUAUUGAAGAUGGUGCCUGACGAUUUCAUGCCAACUGACAAAGAGAUCAAUGCCAGGAAAGAGAUUCUCACUGAAUUAGAAGUUUUCAUUCGAGAAAUAUACCCAGAGUGUAAUCUUUGCAUGUUUGGUUCCUCCUGCAAUGGUUUUGGCUUCAAGAACAGUGACCUUGACAUAUGUAUGACCCUCACCACUCAUGAUUCACCAAAGAACUUGAACUGUGUUGAAAUCAUUGAGAAUCUCGCAACCAAGUUGAAAACACACAAAGGUCUGUUCAAUGUGUUUGCUAUUACCACUGCCAAGGUUCCCAUCGUCAAGUUCAAGCACAGGAAGUCAUCAAUAGAGGGAGAUAUCAGUCUCUACAACACUUUGGCCCUUUACAACACCAAGAUGUUAGAUAAUUAUGCUGGAAUUGACGACCGAGUGAAGGUCAUAGGGUACAUCAUGAAAGUUUUUGCCAAGGUGUGUGACAUAGGAGAUGCAUCUCGUGGUAGCCUGUCCUCGUAUGCGUACAUCCUGAUGGUGCUCUACUAUCUGCAGCAGUGCAAACCCCCAGUCAUCCCUGUCCUCCAGGAGCUUUAUGACGACGCUAGCAAGCCCGUGAUCAGCAUAGAAGGUUGCAAUACGUGGUUCUUUGAUGAUAUGAAAGACCUGCCUAUAAAAUGGCCAGGCUAUGGUAAGAACAACCAAACUGUUGGAGAACUAUGGCUAGGUUUGCUGAAAUUCUACACUGAUGGCUUCAACUUCAAAGAACAUGUUGUCAGCAUUCGUCAGUUCAAGCCUCUGACAAGAUUUGAGAAGCUUUGGAAUGGAAAGAGCAUAGCCAUUGAAGAUCCAUUUGACUUGACUCAUAAUCUGGGUGCCGGGUUGUCCAGGAAAAUGAAUACAUUCAUCAUGAAGGCCUUCAUCAAUGGUCGCCACCUGUUUGGGAAGCCUGUUGACACCAAGGUGCCACCAGAGGGUUACGUCACCUUCCAUGAUUACUUCUUUGAUUCAACCUUGCUUGUUGAUGGUCAACCGCCCAACGACCGGGGAUGCCGUGCAUGUGGAAAGAUAGGCCACUUUGCAAGAGACUGUCCUAUUGUUACUGCCAGGAAAGAAAGGGAACAUAAGGAUGGUAGAGAUGGUGACAAUGGUCGAAGAGAUAAUGGCAGGAGAGAUGGAAAGUUUGAUGAUCGAAUGAGAAGGGACCAGAACCAAAGGAGAGGUAUGCCACAAGGGCAGGGUCGAGGUAUGCCCGGGAAACCAGGACCUGGCGGACCGAAGGGAAAUCUGUUGAACCAGCCAAGACCUUUCCCGUUUCCUCAGCUUUUCUACAACUCCGGCAUGAGACCACCGUUUUCACCUCACUUUGGAGAAGGCCGAGGUUUCCCACCAGGUUUUGCUGGACCAGGAGGUCCCAGGCAAAUUCAUCAUCCCAUGUUCAUGAAUAGAAACCCAAUGUUUGGUGAUCGCCACCCUAACCCAGGAGCUGGACGUCCAUCCCCAGACAGGUUCCAAGGUCCAGGUGGUAGGCCCAAAGAUGGACCCCAAGGAGCAGCUGGUCGAGGAAGCCCAAAUCGAAGAGAUGAAAAGGCGUCCGAGAAUAAACAAGGAGUAAAGGGCCAAGAAAAGAACGACAAAGGAGCAUCCAAGGUAGAUACAAAAGUGAAGCCGGCAGACAGUAAAAUAGCCUCAUCCGAUAAACGACUGGCUGCCUCAACAGCUAGUCCCAGCAACCAAACCAAGGAGUUGUCAGCACAGGAAAAGUUAGAGAGGGGCAUUGGUAAAGGAAGCUUUCUCACUGAAAAAGAAGGCCAGGAGAAAAAGCUCGGUCCCGGCCCUUCUCCAGGUAUGAUGAGAGGUGGCGGGGCUCAGUUCCAGAAGCAGGGCCCACAGCAGCAGAAUAUGGGAAUGCAGGGCAAGCAGCAAGGUCAAGGGAGGCCAUUUCAGUUUGGGGAUAAAGGUCAACAACGUCCCGGGCAGGAUCGAAGUUUUGGGAAUCGUCCUGGUCAGCCGUUCCAAAAUCAGAAGCCUUCUUCUAGUAUUCAGGAGCAAUUUCAUGCCAAGCAUGGUCAGAGGCCUGGUAUGGAUCAGAGAGGGCUUGCUGGUAGAAUAGAUAAUCCAGAUUUAUUCUUGAAAAGUACUACAAUUGUUGACAGCACUGGACAUAAAACUAUGAGCCAGGAUGUACGCAAUAUGGUGUCCGAGAAAGAUAAGCUGACUCAGCGGAAUAGAGAACAGUCAGCUAGCCGAAAAGAUAACUAUAGAGCACCUUCCCAAGAAAAAGAUCAACCUGGCCAAUUUCAUCCUCAGGGGGGAAGACCUGGGUUGUCUCAGCCAAUGCGAGAUCGGCCUUAUGCCACUGCACAACAGAACAAGGACCGGCCAUUUAGCUCGCCUCAGAAAUCUUCCUCUGGCCCAAUACAGCCACCACCUCUCCAUGAGUCUGCUGGUCGAGCGCCUGGCCAGACACUUUUUGGAUCUCCUCCGAAGAAACCUGCCGUACCUUCGCCCGUUGGCAUGGAUCAGCCUGGUCCUAAACCUGUCAAUAGAACUGUGAAUAUUGCUCCCCUUGGACGGGGAGAGAAGAGACCGUUCUCUGGCCCUCCAGCUCAAACAGCUUGGCGACCUCCUGUUCCUGGUCAGGUUAACAUCCUACAAAGACCACCAGGUGGUGCACCACGGCCACCUUUCCCAAUAAUGCAACAGGAUGCAUCGGAGGAGCCAAAACUGGGUGAUACAGCUGCUGAGAUUGGAAUGGGUGGCCUAUCAACAUCACACUCUGAAGGCCACCAGUCAGCUAUUCAGCCACCAUCCAUCGCCCAGUAUUCACAUCUGCAAAAUAGACCACUGGUAGCAAAGGAUAGUGGGUUUAUUGGCCAGUUUAUUCAUCCAAAUGCUCAUCCCAUUGCUAGGACAUCUCCAGUUCAUAAUCGACCAGUAUCGCCAAUGGGUGGGAGUUCACCACAACAUCUUUUCUCCAAUACGUCUCCCGGACACACAUCUCCUCGACGACCUGACUUCAAAGACAUGGCAGUGAAGAAACGACGUUCACCUCCAAAAGAAGCUCCGCCUCGGUUCCAGAAAUUGCGACAGCAUGAGCAUCCAUCCCAGGAUAUGCAUGGUUCCCCACGGCCAGGCGACACUGCCCCGAGUCCGAAUCCACCCUCAGUGUCAGCAUAUCUCCAACCCUCAUCGAUCACUCAACCUUUGCAACAGAGUCCACAAGCUCAGUUGGCUCAAAACCUAAUGCCGAUGACGCCGCAUCACCUUAAUGCACUGUUCUACAUUCAGCAGCAACAACAGCAACGGCUGUUUCAGAACCAACAGCAGGAAAAGGACCAAGCUGAUAUUUUCGGUCAGCGACAAGAGCCAACACCAUUUGGACAUCAGCUGUUGGGCACAGCAGCUGGUUUCCAGGCCCAGCACAUCUUUCCUCUCCAACAUCAGUUUGAUCCUUUCCGGGACCAGAGUCAGUCCCAGGCAGAACCUGAAAAGGCUUUUCCUGAACCAUACCCACCUCACUUUCAAUCGCAAGAACAGCCAAGUUUUGAACAGCCACGUCAAGGUGACCUUUACUUCAGGGAGACACAACAGCAGCCACAACAGCAACAGCAACAACAGCCCGUGUAUUUUAGUCACCAAGGCCAGUACAGCCCGCAAAAUCAGGAAAACUUCUACCAUCCAGCUUCACAACAACAGUCGACUGCUAUGACGGGGACGCAGAUAUGGUACAGUUCGGCAGCGCAACAUCAACAACAGCAGUCGCAACCUGGGCAACAGCAGGCACAGCAGCAGCAGCAGCAACCGGCACAACAGUUUGGAGAGGAGAGCGGCAAUCAGUUAUUCUCAUCUUAUCUCAACCAGUCCAGAGGUCAGCUGAGUCCCAACGCACAGGCAGAGCAGGGAGGCAGCCAGGGGCAACGUGACCCAUGGACUAGUCAGAUCGAGCAGCCGCUGUAUAACCCCUGGUUACAGCAGAGUACGCAGCCUCGGUUUGACCAGCAACAGUACGCGUCCUCCAUAUUCCAACAGACGUCAGAACCUUCCCAAGUGCCGAUAGGCAACCGAAUAACUCCAGUCCCAGAUGACACUGCAACAGAGAGGGAGAUACCGGAGGCAGCGUACCACCCGCAGCUCAGCUUUGGAAUAGGACGCGGGCUCAAUCUCGAGUACCAGGGCAAUUAGGUAUUCGGAGCUAGUGUUUACUGUUGACAUUAUAUCAACUUUUUUUCCAUGAGGAAGUUCCCAUGAUUAUCUUGUGGGCCACUGCAUGUUUGUCCUUAGAAGUAACAAGUUUUCUUUGGAGUAGUUCAUAUACUACAUCCAUUUUCAGAAAUGAUUCGUCGCUCAAAAUAAAAACGGAUGUUCCUGCCGAUAGAGUGUUUGAUGGGUUUGUCAUAGUUAAGUAUGUCUCCGUAACUGGGAAGAUUCUGUUGCAUAAGAAAAAUAAUUCCCAAAACGUAACUUCGGUAUAAAUACAGCUAUCAUUGUCUUGUGAAUUACUUUGUUGUUUUGGAUAUGGACAUUAGUGUGUUUUUAGCAGAGCUUAAGGUUCAGAUGGUUUGCAAUGUUAUGUGCUGAACAGUAGGGAUUAGCAACUAGAUUGUAAAUAUAACUGAUUUAUGAAAACUAUUGGAGGAACUUUUAAGAUAACAUGUCAAAACUUGUGGAAAGAAUGGGUUGUAUACCCUAGGACAUUUGACUAGAACAUAGAAAUUGAUCUGGAAAUGCAAGAGUAAAGUUUUGAAGAACCUCAUGAAUAGAAGUAUUGGGAAGAUUGUAAAACCAAAAGUUGAACUCUGAAGUGGUUUCGGUGUAAAUUAUAUGAAAAUGUAACUUGUUACUCCAAAGGACAGAUGUGUCUCUUUCUUGGACGGGGGUUAACUUUUUCUGUCAAAUGUCAUUCUGAGGCACCUUCUGUGAAAAAAUAAACUUUUGGUGAUUAUUUGUGGCCAACACUUGUACACAGUUCUCUCUUCUAUUAAUUUGCCUAUCUUCAGAAUAAUCUACGGUUAUGAUUAUACUGUAAGUUUUUCACCUUCAGAGGAGGAUAUUGGCUACUUUGAAAUUAUUUUUGAACAUAUUUUGCAUUUCUUUAAUUAUGAUGUGGUGAGAUGAGUUGAACUGCCUAAAAGUGUAUAAUUAGGUAUUGAUAGGUGGUAUGGUUAUCGUGGGUUUGAUUAACCUGGUUGUGAAGCCGUGGAGUUUGACAAGUCCCGAAAAAUCCAUCUUACUUUUGCUAAUUGAUGACACUGGUUACAGUUUAUUAGUGAAAGUGCUAUCUGACCAUGUUUUUGUAUGGUUCCUUGGAUUGUAAAUAUCGGUAGUUGACAAAUUCCAUGGUUUCAUAAGAAGGGCUGAAACAUCAAAUACCACUCAUUUAAGGUAUAAAAUCUCCUGAUUUUUAAUGGUGUUUGAUGUUUUUAGUGCUAAGAGACGAUGAUUCAUGAAUUGAUCAGGAAAUGAUGCUCAAAAUGUCAUUUGCCAGGCAAAGCUGCCAAAUCAAAUGUACAUGAAAGGAGCUUUAUAAUACGAAACGUCCUUUGCCAGGAAUUUCCUGAUCCUGAUGUCAACGCAUGAUUGACCGAGAUGGUCUUGCCAAUCUUACUGGAUUUAUUCAGUGUAAAAACUUGGGGAUUGCUCUCCCAAGUCACAAGCGAGUUAUCCUGGCAGAAAGCUUGGAGUAAAAAAGGAUUCCAUUGUUAUAAAUCCUAACUUUGUAGUAAAAUGCGGUGUUUUCUAUGUGUACACGUUGCUACACUUUUUUGGUAUACAACUGACGAUUAGUCCGCUCUCCUGUUGUAAGUUGAUAGUUGAAGAAUUUAGUUAAAAACAUAAUGUCAGAUUUGGCAGUUAGUGUGGUAUUUUCAGUUAGUUUUCUUCACAUUUAGAAAGUGAUGGAGAUUUCUGAUCAGUUACCGUUAGUUCUAAAUUUGGUAUCAGUAUUCAGACUGAAACUGACAUCUUAUUAGCUGUUCGGUUCUCUCCUUUGUGUUUGCCUUAAUAGCAAUGCCAAGGAAAACUGACCUUUGAAACUGAUACCAGCCAACAAAUACAGCUCAUUACUUAGCUUUUACCUCCAGUUCAAAUUCAGCUACAUAUGAGUUACAGGCAUUGCCAUGAAAUAUUUAGAAACCAUAUUUUGCAGUGUGCAUGUAAGACACUGGAGAGAGUCCACAGUAAAAUGUCAUGUUUUAGAAUGAACAAAGCCAGCAUAGGGUUUAUGGUCAGUCAUUGAUGCAACAACUCUGCUUCACAAAACUCUCCAUGACGUUCCAAAGGGGAAGAGGUCCAUGUGUUUGAUGUCAUUUACUUCUCCAUGUUACUAUUGUUGUGUAUCACUGUUUUGCUUUUAGUGUGGACAUGAAUAUUGCAAGUCAAUAUCACGUAGCGUAUAUCCUCUUAGCUUACACUUGGCCAUAAGGACUGGCAUUUAUAUCUAUUCACCGCAUUAGUUUGUUGAAAAACGUAACGUGUACUACAAGAGACUUUCUAUUAACUUCUGUAUGUACAGUCGUAUAUAUGUGAAUUGCUGUCUAGCAAUGUGUUUGUUUCAAUUCUGAAGGGUUACUUCUUUGGUUUGUUUGAUUUUUUGAUUAGUGGAAGCAACUGGUGUUAAGCAGUUUUGUUACACUUUAUAGUCUAUUACUAUUAAGCAUAGUUCCAUGUGUAUGCCGUAGAUAUAACGCUAGUAUCUUUAUGCUUAUUUUUAAAGCUUAACCUUUUGUCGCUUUCUCAAUUCAUUGCCAGAGUUUUGCCAGAAUUCAAACAUGUCUCUCUGUGUCAGUGAAAUAGGUAUGGAACCACCAAUGAUUGCAAAGAAGGGAUAGUAUGAGGCUUGGACGAGAUCUUAUAACUGAGUCAAUAUAUAGAGUACAUUCUAGGUUCGGGACUUACUUGUAAGCCUAACCUCAAGUCCAUGCAAAUCAGUAGUGUAGUUUUCCAUAAGAUGAUGUCACCAACUCUAAAAGCAGUAGAUCACUAGUCUACCCAUCUCUAUCUCUCCCUAUAGUCUUUGAUAUUCCUGCGAACUAAACUGUACAGGGUUGACCUGGCGUUGAGUUGAUGAAGUGACUUCUAGACGUAGAAUCAGAACAUCCUCUUGGUAGAUGGCUACCCUCCAGAACGACAUACAAACUGACCUGGUUUUAGCCGUUUCAUCUCUGCCUGAUUACCUGAUCAGAAAACCUUGUUUGGGCAACAGAUAUGGCUUCUCCUCAUAGGGUAGGCAGAUGAGUGCCUGGUCGUCGGAGUGCCCUAGAGCACGGCACAGAAUAAGUAUACAAAGUGAUGCUUUUGUUGUGUGCACAAUACCUGCACCUGGCACAAAAUGUGCUGCCCAAGGACACCUAUUCCUCGCGGUGACCAUGGAAAAGGUUGUGAUCAGUUGCAGUGCUUUCUCUCUUGUAAUGAGAAAUCAUGUUCUAGUCGUCUGCCGUUGAAUGUUCUGGUUCUAGCUGUCACUUGGAUUUGUCUUUUUCACCAAUAUUAAUCAUUGACAUUAUUAUCACGGGGUGUUUCCUUCUGCAGUUGAGUGUUGUACAGGUGUGUAAACCAGAGGCUUGCUUUGUGUAUAAUUGUACAAAUGUAUAAAAGUAACAUUUUGACCAUUAUUAAGUCAAGCCUGUGGUACAAUACAGAUCUAAUACAAAUCAACUAAGAUAUCUAAUGUAUUGUAGAUUGGUUAGCACCCCCUUGUGACAGGUCAUCAUUUGGACUGGUAUAGACAUGUAAGAUUAGUUUUUGCCGACUGGUUUGAGAACGUUUGAUGAAAUACUUGGGCAUUGCAGUCUAAUUCUGCUCUGAUAUGGUGAGGACUUGGACUGCUGGUAAACGCUUGUAUUUCGUGCCACGUGAUUGAGUUUCAUAUGAUAAAUUGAGAAUUGGUCGCCAAUGUCAAGACUGUGUUAUGGUAUUAACAACUGCAGCAGGUGUCCUUGUGAGGGAGAGUCUGUUCAUCUGUUGAGCGCAGCCUUUCAACGACAUCCAUCAUGCAUGAGAACAAAUGUAUUAUUAUGAGUGUUAUAAAGUUACUCACUGUCAUGGACCCGUUGGGAUUAGACUGCAGGCAUUUCAUGUGAGACCAUAAAUGUCUUUCCUGGUGUUGGAAUGGCAGAUAAAAGCAAAGGUGAAUGUCGACAUUCAUGUAGUUGCUUGAAUUUCACUCAAUUUGUCAUAUGAGGUUUCUGUAUACAGUUGGAUAUCUGCAAGUGCUUAAAACAUUCAGAAACAUGCAUUUCAGGUGCAUGCUUUAGUGUCAAAUUCUUGUUCUGUUCAUUAUCCCCUAUGCUUAGUGACUUCAGAUGGCAUCGAACUUCAGGAUGAAACAUUUUCCCUUGAGCAAAUUGCAGAGGGUUUGUAUAUAGUGGUAACAUGAACAACCUGGCCCAACAUUGCACAACUUGAGGCUUUUUGAUAUGACAUUGUAAAUAUUUUUUUUCAUGGUUGGGCCGACUUUACUUGGGAAUUUUGAAUAUGCAUGAUAACUGAUAUUUAUAUUCCUGAUAUAAGUUACUUAUCGUUAUUGACAGAUUAGGUGGCAGGGUGAUCGAGAUGGAAGUUGCCUGUUCAUCUAUGCUUUGGAGUUGAAUUCAUGGGAAUUCCAAAUUUGGUUUAUUGCUAGCAAUACAAAUGUAUAUUACAAUGUAGGGUCAUGGGGUACCUUGGACUUGGGGAUUUACUGUUCUUUGAUCUCUAUUAGAGUUGUUGGCUCUUCGCGACAGUACAGUAUUGUACAGUAAUGGUCAAGGUGAUCAGACAGUGUCCAUCACUGUACUGUACUGUCAUUAAUAGCCAACAAAUUUAGUGUCUGUGCUAUCCCUGGUGGUAGUAUCGUUUUGAUUUCGACAAUAUUAUUGCGCCAACUUCUUCAAACGGGUUGGAAAAAAGAAAUUGAACCUCAAUUGGUUCCAAAGGCUUCCAGUUAUGAAUUAUAACUGGUGUUCAUUCUUUUGGGAUGGGACUCUUGCAAUUCUUUCUUCGGCUGAAUGCCAUAACAGUCUGUUGCAGAGUGGUUAAUGGAAGCGUAGGUUUAGUUCAUCUCUGUCUGACCUUUUAGCUGUAAAAUGCCAAGAGGGCUGUUGGGUUAGGAUUACGUAAGGGGCUCUAACCCUUGCAGCGUUCUCUGCCAAAAGGUGAGGUGGAGAUAAGCAAUAAUUCAUUUAACAUUUUAGUGUCAACUGGUGUAUAAUGAUGGGGCUGGGCAAAUGUGAGAAGCAUUAUAAUCGAUUAGAACCCGUGAUACAUUAGAGUCGCAAUAAUCGAAAUUCAAGAUCUGAGGUAGUGUUUUCAGGUCUUCAUGUGCAUUUAUUCCAACUUUGAGGUCCUGAAAGUUAGUUACUUCUUAUUUCUUGAAGUUUUGUGCACCUGAUUUUCUCUCCGUGGCUAUCGUUGGAAAAAACAGCUACAUUUCUAUUUUGUUACUUUGUUUCUGUGAGGCCAUCUUCAUGGUGACAUGCAUUUCGUAAAAGUACCAGUACAAUAAGUUAGUGUACGAAUGGUCUGUCCCUUUGUGUGGGAUGGUUCUGUUUAUUUUCGCAUUUCUGUUAUUGAAAUGGGAGCGAUGCCAUCUGAGUCUCUUCAGUCAGCCAUGGAAUGAGCUUGUGUAACUGUCAAUUAAAUAAUAUUUGUGAUGGGAGUUUGACAAGAGUGUUCAGUCAAUCUACUGAAAACUGAGGGUUUCUCUCUUGAAUUACCUUGUCACUCCAGGUAUGGGAAUAAAUGAAUUCCAUGUUCAUUUUACACUACUGCAUUAUUCUGUCCAUGGUGUCGAUUGAUUACUCAGCAAUUACACUAGUAAUUUGUGUAUUGUGUGAAGUAAACUCGGGAAUUUGGUGUACUAGAGUAAGUGAUGCAGUAGUCUAAAUUUGAUAUUGGAUUGGGAAGUACCUUGAGGUUGACCUGGAUGGGGAAUUGGAGAACUGACUGGGGUCUACUUCAUACCAAGGCCAAAUAUCACGGUUCAUUAAGGACAUUUCAGGGUUGACUCCAAAUCGAACAUAAUAAUAUCUAUUCCAAGUUCCAAGUUUUGCCAGUCUACAGUCCAUAGUCCAAGUCCUUUCAUAUACAUGAUGUUUUAUUAACCAGGUCCAAAUGAUGACAGUCAUUAUAUUUUUGCAUAUGAAUUUUAGACUUUUGUAGCCUAACUGGGUGUAAUGUUCUUGCUGUAUAUGUACAGUGUUCUACUCUGUUUGGAUAUACAUUCUAAAGUAUGAUAUUCUUGGAUGAAUCACUAGUUUUUGUCCAUAGGUGGUAAGUCUCGUCAAAUUAGGCAUUCUUCAUUUCAGGUCAAUGUUUGAGGACUUUAGAUUUUGAUAACAUUUCUUAAGAGUUUUACGUGGAAUGAUCUCAGCUGCAAGUUUGUUGCAAAGUUUUAUGAUCAUAUCACCUAUUACAAACAAAGAGGUUUAGAAAAUACGUGUAAUUACACAUCUGAGCCUGACUGGGAUAGCUGUUAGUCAUUUUAAAGUUUUAGAGCAGACUUAAUAAACUGCCUCUGGACACUGAACUGAUGGUAGGAUUGGUCUUGGUCUGAUUAUAUCACAAGUGAUGAGAGUUUCCCAAGUAAUGUUACGGAAGCUUCUCUUCAUUUCAAUUAUGGACCAAGAGGUUGAUUUAAAAAUGAUUGCCACCUGUGGACAACCUCUAGCAUCACGUAGAGGCAUUUUAAUCAAUAGUUUUGUUUUUAAUAGUUGUCUUUUAUGAAUGAUAAGUACUGAGUUAACAAUGCUGUUAAGUGCAGAAAGCAUGCUAGUUUCAUUGUUCUGGUAUGGUAGCAAUCAGAAUGUUUUGCAUAGCCAGAAUCCAAUUGAGACUUUGAAUCACUCUGGGAACAAGUCAUGAUGGGCAAAUCACCACAGAUCCUGUGCCUGGCUACUAUGGUUGAAUUGGUUGUCUCAUUGAUCCAAUGCUGGUGGCAUUAUUGCAUUUAGAAAGAUGUAUAGCCAUUUACAAUUGACAGAACUGCUCACUAUUGUUGAGGGCAGACAAUAAGUAUCGUUGUGGGAUUUGGCAUCUCCAUUAAUAAUACUUUUGCCAGGAGCUGGGUAAACUAGCCUACUAAUAAUCUGGCUGAAAAUAUCAAUGAUUUUGGCUCUGCUACUUUUUGCUGUAAACUUCAACGAAGGUGAGUUUUUCCCUCAAAAGACCCAAAUCUUCUGAUGAUAGCAUGGUUUAUCAUGCAUUUCCACCACAACAAUAAGUUAUACAUGUAGGCCCGCAUUGGCCUAUUUUGUGGGAAGUAGCUGGCAGCAUAGUCCCAACCAAAGAAAAUAGCUUUUAGGGUUGUUUGCAAUGCAGGAAAAGAGUAAUUUAACGGAAGAACUCAACCAACUUGUCCAACGAAUUCACCCAUUUGUUGAAUUGAUGUUUUUAAGCACAAGUGGGUUUAUAGUAAAUUGGUUAUAACGACUCUCGGUGAGGACUGUACUUGGUACAGGUAAGGCCACAGUACUGCAUGAGGAUGAUAUAGUAUGUACACGUACUUCAUAUCAAGUUAUGAAAAAAGAAAUUAUUUUCAAAUUAACUUUUAUUAUACUGGUAUUGAGAUUUGAGAUUUUUAUGUGCUGGGUGUAGCUUUUGAUUUGUAGGCAAGUAGUAAAUUCUUAAGUUUUCCAAUUGUAAUUCACAUAAGUUAUGGUAGUGAUCCAAACUGAACUUUAGACCAAUGUCUGAUUUCUAGUAUUUGAUUUUGUUGAACCUAUCAGGUUUAGCUGUUUAUUUGAAUCAUUAAUUCUCAAAUAGAAACACUGAGGCUUGAAGUUAUCUCUGCUAGUUGGCAUCAAUCACUGCUUCCAGCUGAGGAAACAAGAAUUCAUACCAUCUCUUGUCCAGACAUAAGAAUUUUUCAGAACAUCAGUGGUCACAGGAAAAUGGCCUUCUGUGAGAGAAAAUAUGAGAGAAAUGGGAUGAUUUCCACAAUCUCAUGUCUGUGUUCAGUGCUUGGAAGGUAUCCUCAGCUUGGAUGGAAUGGUCUGUAAUUGAGUUCUUCACAUUGGAAGUUUUUAGGCCACUUAAAUAAUCAGUGAAAACUUGAAAUCAGGAUUAGACUAAAAUAAUUACAGUUAAUAACGAUGUUUUGAAUAUCCUAUUUUAUCAUGUGUUAGAAAAAUAUUCAGGUGAUGAUGUUUUUGAAUCAAAUAAAUGACCUCAUGCAGUGUGUGGCCUGUCUGUGGUGGUAGUCAAACUUGUCCUUCAGUUACAGAUGAGUGAUCAGAAAUGUAUAUAGAAAAUUACUGGUGAAUAAAAGUGGGGAAUUUUAUGUAACAUAA